AUGCCGAUCGGCCCAUCGCUGGAGGGUUACAGUUUGCAGGAGCGAGUUGACGGGGCCGAACAAGCGCCGACGGACGCCAUUCACCCACACUGCGCCCUGGUGGUUCAGCACAUGAGAGCUGAGGAACAGUGCAACCAGAUCCUGAAGCAGGAGCAGAAGAACCGCUCCACCAGGACAGGUUGUCCAACAGUUUGGGACGACAUCCGGUGCUGGUCCAGAGCUGAGGUGGGACAGGUGGUCAGCGUCUCGUGUACCAACGUGUCCCAGCUGUUUGCAGAUAAUAAAGGUUUCAUCUACAGGAACUGCACCGAGGACGGCUGGUCUGAGGCUUAUCCUCCCUACGAGAACGCCUGUGAGUUUGCAGAGUAUGAGGAGACGGAACCUAAGACGUCGUACUUCUCCACCUUCAAGCAGGUUUACACUACAGGAUACGCCACCUCCCUCAUCUCUCUCAUUUCUGCUAUUUUUGUCUUCACCGUGUUCAGGAAGUUCCACUGCACCAGAAACUACAUCCACAUCAACCUGUUCUUCUCCUUCAUCCUGAGAGCCAGCGCCGUCUUCAUUAAAGACGGCAUCCUGUUUUCUGAUGAAAACCUGGACCACUGCUUCAUGUCGACUACGUCCUGUAAAUCAGCCGUGGCCUUCUUCCAGUUCAGCAUCCUUGCAAACUACUUCUGGCUGCUGGUGGAGGGCAUGUACCUGCAGACGCUGCUCGCCCUCACCUUCAGCUUCCAGAAGAAAUACUUCUGGUGGUACAUCCUCAUCGGCUGGGGUCUCCCAACGACAAUCAUAUCGGCCUGGAUCCUCUCUCGUAAUUUCUACGAUAACAGAGGGUGCUGGGACGACACAGACGUGGACUUUAUCUGGUGGAUCAUAAAAGCUCCAAUAACUGCUUCGCUGCUGGUGAACUUUGUCAUCUUCAUCAACGUGAUCCGUAUCCUGGUGCAGAAGCUGAGGUCUCCUGGUGUCGGGGGAAACGACACCAGUCACUUCAAGUGA